AGAGAGAGAGAGAGAGGGAGGGAGAGAGAGAUAUGUCAGCUGGUCUAAAGGAGCAGUGUGAGAGAGAAGUACGUAUGGACGUGUGCAAAUGUGAGUGCGCGUCCUUAUUUGUGUGUGUGCGUGAGUGCGAGUGCGUAUGUGUGAGAGGGGGCGGCGGCGGGGGGACAAGGUGAAGACUACAAAGUGCGGAGGGUUCAGUUUUGUCGGGGUGGGUGGGGGUGUUUUCGGUGCUGUGGGUUAAGACACUUCUGCGUGGACCGUCCAGACGUGGACAGUCGAAGCGCGCCGGCUGCUCCAGAGCUGCUCUCAUUACCAUAGAGACUCGGCUGUGUGUUUUUUUUUUUAUUGGAGCUCCUCCUGCUCACUCGGAACGAACACGGUGACACCGACUUGUUUUUGAUUCUACACAAGAAAACCCCCAAAAAAUCAUUUCACUGCACGCGUGCUGCAGGGUGCUGGUGGAAUCAGUGGUUGUCCUCUCCGACACUGGGAACACUGACGGAACAACAUGGCCUUAGCGGGAUGUCCUGACUACUUCAUACGACACCCAAACUACCAGGAGAGCAUGGAUCGCACAUCCAGUCGUUGUCCUGAGGAGCUGAUUGUUCCAGGCUUUCAGCGUUCGGCCAAUCAGGAUUUGCCACAUCAGCAUGAUGAUGACGUGGACCUGGAGCAGCUGGUGAAUGACAUGAACUCGUCCAUCGAGAACGUGUACUCUGCCCAGGAUGACACCGCGCUGCUCUUGAGCAACGGUCACAUGCACACGCCAAACUACCACCACCAAAACCAGCCCAGGGUGCAUGUGCACCACGCCGCACAGAGCCAAGCGCAGCGCCGACAGACUGCGGCCGGGCCGCCUUCCUCUUCGUCCAGGGACAGGCUGCGUCAGUCUCAGCCCAUGCACAUUCAGGCUGUCAGGUGCUUGCAGGAACAGCAGCAGCUUCGCCCAGCCUCACUUCCUGCCAUUCCUAACCCUUUCCCCGAGCUGUGCAGUCCAGGAGGCUCCCCUGUUUUCAGCCCAAUCCAGAACUGUGACAACCAUAUAGUUAAGGUGUGGAGCGAGGAUGGGGCUGGGAAAGUUUUGGAGGUUCCCGCAGACAUGACGGCAAGGGACAUGUGUCAGCUCCUGGUCUACAAGAGCCACUGUGUGGAUGACAGCGCCUGGACGCUGGUGGAGCACCACCCCAUCCUUGGCCUAGAGCGAUGUCUGGAAGACCACGAGGUGGUGGUUCAGGUUCAAGCCUCCAUGAGCACCGACAGCAAAUUCCUCUUCAGGAAGAACUAUGCCAAAUAUGAAUUCUUCAGGAACCCCUUGAACUUUUUUCCAGAGCAGAUGGUAGCUUGGUGUCAGGAGUCUGACGGCUCCAUCCCUCAGUCGCAGCUCUUACAGAACUUUCUGAACUCCAGCAGCUGCCCAGAGAUCCAGGGUUUUUUGCACAUAAAGGAUCCCGGACGGAAGUCGUGGAAGAAACUCUACAUGUUCCUGCGACGUUCUGGUCUUUACUAUUCAACCAAAGGGACGUCUAAGGAGCCCAGACAUCUGCAGCUGCUCUCAGAUCUGGAGGAGAGUAACAUGUUCACCAUCAUCACUGGCAGGAAACUUUACAAUGCCCCCACGGACUUCCAGUUCUGCAUUAAGCCCAGCAAAGGAAGAGGGGACUUCAAGGAGCUGAAGAUGCUGUGUGCGGAGGACGAACAGAGCAGGACCUGCUGGAUGACGGCCUUCAGACUGCUCAAAUUUGGCAUCGUACUGUAUCAGAGCUACAACAUCCCCCAGCAGAGGAAGUCUAACCUACAGCCUUUCUCAGCGCCUGUGCGGAGUGUAUCUGAGAACUCCCUGGUUGCCAUGGACUUCUCAGGACGGACUGGCCGCGUCAUCGACAACCCUGUGGAGGCUCAGAGUGCCGCCUUAGAGGAGGGACAGACCUGGAGGAAACGCAGUCAGCGCAUGAAUGUCCUGGGCAGCCCCAGCCCUCUGCAUACGUCCUCCCUGAGCACAGUGAUCCACAGGACACAGGUGUGGUUUCACGGUCGCAUCAUGAGAGAUGAAGCCCACAGAAUGAUCACUCAGCAAGGUCUAGUCGACGGGUUGUUCCUGUUGCGGGACAGCCAGAGUAAUCCCAAAGCCUACGUCCUCACCUUGUGCCACCACCAGAAGAUCAAGCACUUCCAGAUUCUACCGUUGGAGGAGGACGGUCAGGUGUUCUUCAGCCUCGACGACGGCGCCACCAAGUUCACCGACCUGAUCCACCUGGUGGAGUUCUACCAGCUGAACAGAGGGGUGCUGCCCUGCAAGCUCAAACAUCCCUGCACCACUGUUGCCUUGUGACAUCCCCCCCCA